CGCCGCCCCUCCCCCCGCGCCGCGCCCCAGCCCCGCGCAGCGCGGCCGGCCCGGGCACGGGGCGGGGCGGGCGCCGGGAGCGGCCUGCGCGCCCGAGGAGCGGCCGUGGCUCUGCGCUGGGCCCGGGCGCCCCGGAGGCCGAUGGAUCCGGCUCUGGAGCGUGCGGUUACGGGUGUGAUUGCGGCGGUGGUCCCCGGCAGCACGGAGCGGGAAAUGCUUCAAGGACCAUCAGAAGAUGUGUUUGCAAAGAUGGAAAAUCCAGUUGAAGACAUGGAUACCUCUGAUACCCAGUGGGGCUGGUUUUAUUUGGCUGAGUGUGGUAAAUGGCAUAUGUUUCAGACUGACUCAAACAGUCACUGCUCUAUUAGCAGUGAAGACAUUGAAAGGAGUUUCCGAGCAGACCCUCGUGGAUCUCUGUCUUUUACCACUGCAAAGUUUAACUACACACUGGACUUCUCAGUGAUGAGACAAAUCAACCUAACUACUCUUAAACAGCGUCCAAUAAAGCGAGCUCCCUUUGCAAUCAAUUCAUUCAGUUUCAUCUGUGAAAAUGAGGCUAUCCCUAUGCCUUCACACUGGGAGAAUGUAAAUACUGAGGAGCCAUACCAGCUUAUUCCAUUGCAAAAGAAAACAAAUGAAUAUAAUGAAGUUUCUAGUCUCUUUGGAAAAACAAUGGAUAGCCACCGAAUUAAAAGAAUUAAGAGAAUACAAAAUCUAGACUUGUGGGAGUUUUUUUGCAGGAAAAAAGCUCAACUGAAGAAGAAAAGAGGUGUCCCAACGAUUAAUGAGCAGAUGCUGUUUCAUGGCACCAGUAAUGAAUUUGUAGAAGCAAUAUGUAUUCAUAAUUUUGACUGGAGAAUAAAUGGGAUGCAUGCUGCUGUGUAUGGAAAAGGGACCUAUUUUGCAAGAGAUGCAUCAUAUUCCAGCCAUUUCUGCAAAGAGAGCAUGAAGCACGGGGAUACUUUCCAGAUUCAUGGUGUGAACCUGCAGCCUCAUCUGCACAGACCAGAUAAAGUCAUGUUUCUUGCUCGUGUAUUAACUGGUGACUAUAUCGGCGGUGAUUCAAAAUACAUGAGGCCUCCUUCAAAAGAUGGAAGCUUUGUGAACUUGUAUGACAGCUGUGUGGAUAAUACCUGGAACCCAAAGAUCUUUGUCAUCUUUGAUGCCAACCAAAUCUACCCUGAGUACUUAAUAGAAUUUUGUUAAGUUUGAACUAAGUAUUGCUUGUGUUUUUUUGGUAUUUUUCUUCCUUUUGUAAAGACAACAACAUAGAAACAUGAUGCAUGAAAGAGGUGAAAGAAAGGCUGACAUACCUUUAUGGAGGAGGGACGCUAUUAAAUAUUUAAGAGAGAUUGGUGAACUGUUUUUAAAAAUCUGUAAACUUUACUAAUGCGUUUUUCAAAUGUAGAGACUAUUACAAAUCUGAAGUUGCUUAGUGAGCCUUAAAUACAUUGAGCAUUGGUAAGUUUUCAAAGGCAAGAUUUAUGUUUUGAUUUUCUAAAGUAUAUUAAAAGGUGUAGAAAUAUGCCUAUAAUAUAGUAUGCAUAUGAUGAAACUAAUCUUUUAUAAAGAUUGCCUAUAAGACAUAAAGUAAGAACAACAGCAAAACCCCAGGGGACGUGGCUACCUGUGUGUGUGUGUGUCUGUGUGUGUGUUCUAUAGUAAGUGUUACUUUGUUUGGAGGUCUCUUAAUUUGGAUCCUAAACAAACAAACAAAAAAAUUCUACAGCUCCUUCAUCAGUUUCCUCCAGAUAAAGUUCAACAAAGCUGUCAGGUUUAACUUUGUGUACAUUUUACCAUAAGCAUCAAUUAUAUACUGGGAAAAUAACAAAGCCCUUGCAGUAGGAUUUGACCAUUGGUUUUGGUGGAAAUGAGGCCCAUAAACUUGUGGUUGUUAGUUGUUUAGUGUGUAACUGUUGAGCUCACUGUUGGGAUAUCAGCAGUGCCAUACACCUUUCUCAGUUCUUAUCCUAUGGAAUUUUUGCCAUGUCAUUACAGUAUUCAUGUGCUGCUGUGAUUCCUGUCUGGUCAGAGUUUAAGACACACUCAGUGCCCAUAUACUUGGUGUUACUGAAGACAAAUGGUUAGAUUAACUUAACUGGAAAUAAUACAAUAAAACAAGGAAAAUUUCAAAAGAUGCCGUCCUUUAGUUUUUAAACACUAUAAUAGAAAGCUUUCAGUAACAGUUGUGUAGACCAGGUUUUCGUAACUGGUAUGGCUGUAAAUUUAAAGAGUAUUUUUCACAUGUAGAAAGAGCAAAAAAGACAAUAUUUGGGUAAAGAACAACCCGGAGUACCUAAACAUGUGAAGAGGAAGGGGCUGUUACAGUGAAAUGCACUGUCAUGUGAAAUGAUUUGCUAUGGACUUGUGUCCCUAGUUUCCUUUGUUAAAGGACCUAAGUAGCACUAAUGGACAAAGUCAAAGUUGAAACCUUUCUAGGCUUUUUCUUUGGCUAUGGCCAGUAACAAGGCCCUGUAGAAUUGGUAUAUAAUUGUGGCAGAUGUGGAACGAACUGUGUUGGUUUGUUGUAGAAUUGUUAAUGGACUUUUUGGAUCAAAGGCUGUGUUUAAAAUGUAUUGCAUUUAAAGGCACUGCAGCUGCUGUCGUGGCCAAGUCUGCUCAAAGUCAGACUAAACCGGUGGAACUGGAAGCAGAAGAUGACGACAUCUCUGGCAUCGUAACUGAGGACACAAAUAUCUCUUCCUUCUCCUGAGUGCUGUUGUCUGUCAGUGGAUCUUGCACAAGCUGUGUAUCUGUUUCUAUAUGUAAUUUCAUGGCAAUUUUCCUGUCCCUACCCUAAAUCAUUUAGGGCUAAAAUGUGUUUUCCUUUAUUUUAGGAAGUAUGAUUUUUUGAUCUCAGUUGAGAAAUCUAGGUUCUACUCUUGUAGGUAUGAUUUGUGUUUGAUUCACUACUACGCUAGCUCUGCAAAAGGCACUUUGUUCCCCACAUUGUAUAAAAUAAUAGCAAAUCAUAUUGGGAAUUUGUGUAUCACUGAAUCCUUUUUAUUGUUACACAGUGUUCCAUAGAGCAUACAUUUUGUGAAACUAACAAAUACAAGUGCUGUUGUUCCAUUGA